AGACAGAACCUCCACCAACCAAAACUCAAAUGAUUCCGAAACCACUGCAGACGGUGGGAAAAGCCGCCGCCGUAAUCUUUGCCGGAUUUCUGACCCUCAAUCUCGCUUCCACCGCCACGAUGGGAGCCAUACGUGUGGCCGUCGAGUCCAAAAGGAAAAAGACUGCUCUGCCUUGUGGGGUUUGUAAAGGGAAAGGGUUUUACAUAUGCAAGCUAUGCCAAGGGAACGCCACCAUUCAAUGGUCGCCUCUGUAUGACCCAGUAGCCAUAAACCCUUGUCUCUGCCCAACCUGUGAUGGAAAUAGGGUACAGCGAUGCCUUAACUGUUUGGGGAAGGGAUACAAUUGAGUUGUAAAAGCAGAAUAUAGUGUUAGUUCUUUAGCUCUGUUGUAAUGGAUCAUGAUCAUUUUCAUGUAUAACUACUUUAUCAUCUGUGAACUCUUCCUCCUUUUGUUUCUUUAAGCUUAUCAUGUCUUUUGAGAAUGAAGGAGAUCUUCACUUUGAGCAAACUUGCCAAACCACCAAGUGGAUUUCCUGAUCAGUCACGGAAAAGAUUGAAGUGGCUCUCUGUGUUACAAGUUGAUUGGUGAUGUUUGGAUUAACACCUUAUAUGAAUUCCUCAUGGAAAAAGAAAGUGAAACAUGUGAUUGUAGUUGAAAGGAUUGGUAGUGAUUCUAAGAUCAGAGGCAGAUAUAUGUAGAAACAAGGAGGCCCAAAGGCCGGGGAAGAUAGGCACAGCCCAACUUCAAACAUAGAUUUCUGUCACUCAAAGCAUCACCAUUAGCUCGAGACCGGUGAAGAUGACAAAUACAGGUGUA